AUUUUCUCAUUGUUCUCCAGUCAGCGAAGCCAAGCAGACAUCUUUUGUGUGAAAUCCUGUGUAAACUUUGUUUGCGGAGCCAUUUUUUCGAUUUUUCAACCUAUCGAAAACAAAUUUGUUUGGUCAACAUGAAUUUGCAACUUUUGGGUGCCGGAAACUGCGACCUGUCGAUGCAGGGCUACGAGGACAUUGUGGAAUGUCCGUACAACCGUGCCCAUCAAAUUAUGUCCUUCCGGAUGCAGACCCAUCUGUACAAAUGCCGCAAGAACCACAAAGACUUGAAAUUCGUCAAGUGUCCGUUCAACGAAACGCACGAUCUUCCGGAGCCGGAGCUCAAGUAUCACAAGACGGUCUGUCCGGACCGGGAAACCUUUGACCGGUACAAGUACUGCAUUCGCACUACGGCGGCCACUUUCGUAGCGGAACAGGACCACGCCACGGAAGAGCCCCGGGCGUCGUACGGAAUGGACGGUGACGCCGACGAGGAGACCUGGGACCAGUACGGUAAAGUCAAGGCGUACAAUCCGCGGGCUUACGCGUCUCGUCAUGCCGUCAUUCGGAAAUGCACCGGAAUGGCCCCGUCCGAAAAGAAGGCUUUCAAAGAGGCAGAACGCAAGCGUCUCGCCGAUCUGGGCAAUCGAUCGGGCCAGAACGCGGAAAAUAAUUAGAAUCCUGGUGAGUUGGGCGUGCUUCGCCCGUUACUUAUUUCUUUUAGUUUCUGAAACUGUUGAAUUUAAUUGGUUUUCUUUGUUAUCGUUGGAUGAAUUUGAAUUAGCUAAAAAGUUACGUUUACAGCAAACGUUCUCCCUGAAACAAAAUGUAACACUUUUGUUUCCAAUCACUGAAUAAAUCAAACCAAAUCGUUACUACUCUAUCAA